ACAGCACACCACCAUCCCAUUCCCAACCCGAGUCCCCAAGCGAACUGCUCCGUAGAAAGCAGCCGCAGCCGCAAGCAAGCAAGGUCAGCAGCUGCCUCCUCCUGUUCUCCAGCUCUUCUCCACCCCAUGGAGGUGCCGCCGGGGCCGGAGCCCAUGGUGCUGGACGCGGUCCCGCCUGCCGCCGUCGCCGCCGAGGCGGCGGCCCCCGCUGGCAGCGAGAAGAAGAAGGAGGGGGAAACGAUGACGGGCCACAUCAUCUCCACCACCAUUGGAGGGAAGAACGGCGAGCCCAAGCGGACGAUUAGCUACAUGGCAGAGAGAGUCGUGGGUACAGGUUCAUUUGGGAUUGUCUUCCAGGCUAAGUGUUUGGAGACUGGGGAGACAGUGGCCAUCAAGAAGGUGUUGCAGGAUCGACGUUACAAGAACCGUGAGCUGCAACUUAUGCGCGCAAUGGAACACCCCAAUGUCAUCUGUCUGAAGCACUGCUUCUUCUCGACGACAAGCAGGGACGAGCUGUUUCUGAACCUUGUCAUGGAGUAUGUCCCUGAAACGCUGUAUCGCGUGCUUAAGCACUACAGCAACGCUAACCAGAGGAUGCCUCUUAUCUACGUCAAGCUCUACAUGUAUCAGCUUUUUAGAGGGCUAGCUUAUAUUCAUACUGUUCCAGGCAUUUGCCACAGGGACGUAAAGCCGCAAAACGUUUUGGUCGAUCCUCUCACUCACCAAGUGAAGCUCUGCGACUUUGGAAGUGCAAAAGUCCUGGUCCCUGGUGAACCCAAUAUAUCUUACAUCUGCUCUCGCUAUUAUCGUGCUCCUGAGCUCAUAUUUGGUGCAACUGAGUAUACAUCUUCAAUAGACAUAUGGUCAGCUGGAUGUGUUCUCGCAGAGUUACUUCUCGGUCAGCCACUGUUUCCAGGAGAGAGUGCGGUUGAUCAGCUAGUAGAGAUCAUCAAGGUCCUUGGUACUCCAACCCGUGAGGAAAUACGAUGCAUGAACCCCAACUAUACUGAGUUCAGGUUUCCUCAGAUAAAGGCUCAUCCUUGGCACAAGAUUUUCCACAAGAGAAUGCCUCCUGAAGCUAUAGACCUUGCUUCCCGUCUCCUUCAGUAUUCACCAAGUCUUCGCUGCUCUGCUCUUGAUGCAUGUGCACAUCCCUUCUUUGAUGAGCUACGGGGGCCGAAUGCACGCUUGCCAAAUGGGCGCCCAUUCCCUCCUCUUUUCAACUUCAAGCACGAACUAGCAAAUGCCUCUCCAGACCUCAUCCACAGGCUCGUGCCAGAACAUAUUAGGCGGCAGAAUGCCCACAACUUUGGGCAUACUGGGAGCUAGGAGGGCAGCGCGAUGUUCAACUUUUUGUUCGUUUAUUGCCAAUGUGCUGGGCCGAUGGGAGAUUGCACCAUCUUUCGAGGUUGGAGAGACGGCACCCAGCAGUACCUGAGAAGUAAAAUUAUGUAAAUUAUCUGACCGAAGAACUGCCGCAAGUGACGGCGCAUGUUGGUCUAGUAGUUAAGAGUGUAGGUGGAGACUGGUUAAUGCCUAGGCUGUUUUUGGUUAAUUGCCAUUUUGUAAUGUUUGUCAGUACUGGUCUGCAGCAGUGUAGCUGCCCCUGUUUUGUUCGUUCUCCAUGAUGUAAAUGAUCAUCACCCAACUGCAAUGACUGUUCUUUCGUUA